AUGCCGCCAUCUUGGACCGUUGUGGACCUCAGAGACGCCGCCAUCUUGGACCGUUGUGGACCUCAGAGACGCCGCCAUCUUGGACCGUUGUGGACCUCAGAGACGCCGCCAUCUUGGACCGUUGUGGACCUCAGAGACGCCGCCAUCUUGGACCGUUGUGGACCUCAGAGACGCCGCCAUCUUGGACCGUUGUGGACCUCAGAGAUGCCCCCAUCUUGGACCGUUGUGGACCUCAGAGACGCCGCCAUCUUGGACCGUUGUGGACCUCAGAGACGCCGCCAUCUUGGAUCGUUGUGGACCUCAGAGACGCCGCCAUCUUGGACCGUUGUGGACCUCAGAGACGCCGCCAUCUUGGACAGUUGUGGACCUCAGAGACGCCGCCAUCUUGGACCGUUGUGGACCUCAGAGACGCCGCCAUCUUGGAUUGUUGUGGACCUCAGAGACGCCGCCAUCUUGGAUCGUUGUGGACCUCAGAGAUGCCCCCAUCUUGGAUCGUUGUGGACCUCAGAGACGCCGCCAUCUUGGACCGUUGUGGACCUCAGAGACGCCGCCAUCUUGGACCGUUGUGGACCUCAGAGACGCCGCCAUCUUGGAUAG